AUGGUCCCGUUUCAUCCAAUCAGUAAUUCAAUAGAUUAUAUAUUGAGAAUCGGGGUGGUGUUGAUUUAUGGUGUGCCUCCGUUAAGUAAUAUAUUGAGGUAUCUCGAGAAAAAAUUUGUUGGGGACAAGUUUUCUAUUUUUGAAGAAUUUGAAGGUGUUUAUUAUAGUAAACACAAUAGUAGUAUUAGUUUUAAUAACUAUCAUCAUAAUAGUAAACAUAAUAGCAUUAAUGUUAUGCGCAAUAGCCAUAUCAGUCAUAAUAGUUAUAAUGCUAUGCGUAGUAGUUAUAAUAGUGCUAUUAAUAUUGUUACAAGUAAUAAUAAUAGUAUUAAUGGUUGUGAUAUAGUAGAAAAGAAAGUGAUAGAAAAAGGAUAA